AUGGCACUUGCCAAACCUUGCACUUCAACUGGGGACCCUUGGAAUGCACGCUCGAGCAUGAUGACAUGGGCAUCUUCAAUCCUGCUCGCCAUAAUCUUCCUCAUCGUGCUCGGGGUUUCGACCAUCUGGCUCACCGUCCGCCCGAGGCAGCUCCAGUUCGCCGUCAAGGACGCCCUGGUCUCUAACUUCAGCCGCAACCACAGCCGCCUCGUCACUGCCGACUUCAAUAUCAAGAUGUCGGCCAAUAACUCCAACCACCGGGUCUCGUUCUCCUACGACACCAUGAAGGUGUCCGUGAAGAGCUACGACAAAACCCUCGCGUCCGCAGACGGACCGCACUUGAUCAAUGGCAGGGACAGCUUCACGAAUUUCCAGGUGAAUCUCUCGUCGCAUAAUGUGGAGCUACUAGGGUCCACGUGGAGCGACUGGGUGGAACAAAACCGGUCAGGGGAAAUCAAGAUCGACGUGAUCAUCGAUGCGAGAGUUAAGUUCAAGGCCCUGCAUUGGAAGCAGGACCGCUGCAAGAUCCGGAUAUUCUGCGGCGAUGUGGCGGCCCACUUCCUACCGAAGGAGAGCUUCCAGUACACCGAAUGCGACGUCGAACUAUGA